GCUGUUGAUGUGUGUGUAAAGAGGGAGGGAGCCGUAGCCUGUUGCUCAUAUCAUCAAAUGUGCCGCCAGCACUCCAGAAGCUCCACAGCCUGUUGAGGGAUCAGAUGGAGUUGGAGCGCUGAGCAUGCACUGAAUUGUUCCUUCUCCUUUUAGAAUAAAAGCAAAAGAAUCUUCGAAACGCCAUGAACUGCAGAUGAACUAUGAGCAGGUCACUCUUUGAGAGGAAGCGCUGGACUACAGGCAUGUGACAGCCGCUGAGGUGGAGGUGGCCAGGUGAAAGAUGACUUUACUGGCAGGUGAUGGUUCGGAUUAUGACUACAGCGCUUUGAGUUGCACCUCGGACACCUCUCUAAACGCACCGCCCAUCCAUGAGCAAGAGGCCCUCAAGGGCGUUUACUACAAACGGGCACAACGACUGCCUCUGACUGACCCCAACCUCACCGAUGCACUCCAACCGGACGACAACGGCAACCUGCCUUUCUGCGGCCAGCGGCUGCACGUCAUCAUCAAUGUGGGCGGCCUGCGGUACCAGCUUCCGUGGACCACGCUGGAGGACUUCCCCCUCUCGCGUCUGGGCCAGCUGCGUCUGUGCAGCAGCUUUGACGAGAUCAUGCGGGUGUGCGACGACUACGACGUGGUCCACAACGAGUUCUUCUUCGACCGCAGUCCCUGCGCCUUCCGGACCAUCCUCACCUUCCUGCGUGCCGGGAAGCUGCGCUCUCUGCGCGAGAUGUGCGCCCUGUCCUUCCAAGAAGAGCUGCUGUACUGGGGCGUCCCGGAGGAAAGCUUGGAGUGGUGCUGCCGGCGACGCCUCAUGCAGCGUGUGGAGGAGUGCGACGAGCUAGAGAGGGUAGCGGAGGAGGACGAGGAUGACGAGGAUGACAGCGAAAGCGGUUUGGCCAGGGAGUCUCGUCUCGGCCGCUGGAUGGGAAAACUAAGAGACAUGGUGGAGAAGCCUCACUCCGGCCUGCCGGGGAAGAUCUUCGCCUGCCUGUCGGUGCUUUUCGUCACCAUAACAGCCAUCAACCUGUCCAUAAGCACCAUGCCUGCCAUGAGAGAAGAGGAGGAAACUGGCAAAUGCUCUCAGAUGUGCUACAACAUCUUCAUAGUGGAGACAGUGUGUGUGGCCUGGUUCUCGCUGGAGUUCACGCUGCGCUUCAUCCAAGAUCGCAGCAAGCUGGCCUUCCUCCGGCGGCCGCUCAACCUGAUCGACGUCAUCGCUAUUCUGCCCUACUACAUCACGCUGGUGGUGGACAGCACCUCCACGGGCGAGAAGCGCUUGGGCUCGGGCAGCAGCUACCUGGACAAAGUGGGCCUGGUGCUGCGUGUGCUGCGGGCGUUACGCAUCCUCUACGUGAUGCGGCUGGCACGCCACUCUCUCGGACUCCAGACGCUCGGGCUGACUGCACGCAGGUGCACGCGGGAGUUCGGCCUGCUUCUCCUUUUCCUCUGCGUGGCCAUAGCGCUCUUCUCCCCGCUCCUCUACCUGAUCGAGAACGAGGCCGGGGUCACGCGAGAGUUCAGUAGCAUUCCUGCAACGUACUGGUGGGCCGUGAUCACCAUGACCACGGUGGGUUACGGCGACAUGGUGCCGCGCAGCAUCCCCGGACAGGUGGUGGCGCUUAGCAGCAUCCUCAGCGGGAUCCUGCUCAUGGCGUUCCCCGUCACCUCCAUCUUCCACACGUUCUCGCGCUCCUACGUGGAGCUCAAGCAGGAGCAGCAGCGACUGCUGCAGCGCAGAACUCACUUUCUGCUGCGCAGCCGCAUCGCGGAUCUGGGCAGCAACUUGUCGCUGGAAAGCGACAUGCUUUUUCCUAGCGUCUCGUCUGAUCACAGAAACCGAGAGGAAUAGGAAGACAAAAAAAAGUGGAGGACGCUAAUGAACGCAGAAUAUGAAGCAGCUGUUUUGAUAUCUUGAAUGUGGUUUUACAUUGUCCAUAAUCAGUGCGUUUAAGGGUUACUCCACCCCAAAAUUAAAAUUUUGUCAAUAAUCACUUACCCCCAUGUCAUUCCAAACACGUAAAAGCUUUGUUCGUCUUUGGAACACAAUUGAAGAUAUUUUGAAAGAAAACCGGGAGGUUUCAACAAUUCGUCUUGUUUCCUCCGCGUCACCGUAGUGCCAUUUUGGAGAGUAUCCGUUGGGCGCAAACAGCGUAAGCUGUUCUGUGUCAGCUGCGUCACGCGGUUACACUGUUUUCGUUCGAAUCAAGGCGUAAAAAUAAACACAGAAAACGUGUUUGCGUGCAGCGGAUACUCUCCAAAAUGGUGCUACGGUGAUGCGGUGGAGACGAAUUGUCGUUGUUUUUGUUUUCUUUGCGUACAAGAAGUAUUUUUGCAGCUUUGUAAAAUUAUGGUUGAACCACUGAUGGCAGAUUGACUAUUUUGAUGAUGUCUUUCAUAUUUUUCUGGGCCUUGACAGUAGGGGUGUAACGAUACAUGUAUUCGAUACAUGUACCGAACCAUCACGGUACGGGCAUCACGGUUCGGUGCAUGAGGCCUUACAUCGAAUACAGGCAAUACAUCUUCAAUCCAGAAGGGGGCGCCCGCAGUAAUGAAAUGGUGUUUGAUAACUGCCGGUAGAAGAACAGCGAAUGCCAGGAGUUGCAGACUUGAAAACAAAGCCCACUAGACACUAGACUCUCACUGACAAAGGAGUAUAAUGUUACUUUAAAGGCUUGCGCACUCAACUGUCUGCAGAAUGGAGCUUUGUGCUUGUGUAUCCUACCUCUCUCAUUCAGCACAAAUCUAAAUAUUCCAUAAUAUUUCCAUAUUUACAAUGUAUCCAAAUGCUAAACUAUUAUUUAUUAUGUAAAUGAUAGACUUUGUACUUCAGUCACGUUCUAAUGGUGACACAGUGAUAAAAGUAAGGUGACACAUUUUGAUAAAGUAAGUUACCACAAGCGCUGUCAAGUUAGCAAUGCUAGAAGCCUGGAACUGAUAUGCUUUGUGUUUGUGUGCACCGGCUGAUACCAGCAAAAUCAACUUAAACAAACAACAUAUAGGCUGUCGUGUUCUGCCGUUUGAGUUUACUUUCUGUCACAAACCUGAACUGAAACUCAAAGCAAAUAUAGGCUACGUUACGUGUCGCACUGUUUUUUUUCCCUUUUUUUCCCUAUCAGUUAACUAAACUAGAUAUAUUUCAAGUAUUUAUUCCUUGUAUGUAUAUAUGUACUGCAGAUUUUAUAGCCUAUAUAUGACAUUAAUUUGAUAUCAUAUUUAGUAUGUUCACAUGUAGGUGGAAAAAAUAGUAAUUUGUACUACUGUCUGUUUAAAAUAAAUGAAAAGAAAUCUAGCAUAGUAGAUUUUUUUUCCUGUUGUACCGAAAUCGUAUCGAACCGUGACCCCUGAUCUGAGGUACGUACCGAACCGUGACAUCUGUGUACCGUUACACCCCUGCUUGAUAGUGUUAUUUACUUGGCAGUCAGUGGGACAGUCACAAACCUCCCGGGUUUUCAUCCAAAAUAUCUUAAAUUGUGUUCCGAAGACGAACGAAGCUUUUACAGGUUUGGAAUAACAUUGGGGUAAGUAAUUAAUGACAAAAUGUUCAUUUUGGUAACCCUUUAAAGGGAUAGUUGAACAUUUUAAUUUUCAACAGUUAAAAUUCUGUGAUCAUUUACUCACCCUCAUGUCCUUCCAAGCCCCUAAGACUUUGGUUACAGAGAUAAUUUACCCAAAAAUGACAAUUCUGUCAUUUAUUCACCCUCAUAUUGUUCCAAACCUGUGUGAGUUUCUUUCUUCUGUUGAACAAAUGUAGGUAGUAGUUGCUGGUCUCCAUUGUCUUCCAUAAAACGGAAAAAAUAGUAUGGAAGUCGAUGACUACCGUCAACUGUUACCUACAUUCUUCAAAAUGUCUUCUUUUGUGUUCAGCAGAAGAAAGAAAUUGGUUACAGGUUUACAGGUUUGGAACAACUUGAGAGUGUGCAAAUAACAGAAUUGUCAUUUUUGGGUAAAAUGACCUUCAAAUUUGUAAAACAAAUCCAUACGAUGACCGAAUUUUCUACCCCUACUAUCCCUUUAAAAGUCUUUUAUGUUGUGAACCUUCAAGCAGAACUGACUUCCGAGUUUAAGUUGAACAUAGUCUUUGGGUUUAUUUGAAAAAGACUGGCUAUGAAAUCUUAAUAAAAUAAAUAAUGAAAAUUCUGUCAUCAUUUAAGGCACGUUCACAGUAAGGACAGUAGCUAUAAUGCUAACUGUGAAAUUUUAACAGACAUUCUAAUUCGAUGAGAAUACUGAAGUAUACUUUUAAAUACUUUCAGAACUUUCAGAACCUUCCUUGUCAUUUCAAACCUUCUAUGGAACACAAAGAGAGAAUUUUGAAUAAUUAAUUUUUUUUUCCCCCAAAAAAAUUCUGAUGAAUGGGGGAAUGGCACUAUUCAAGCAUCGGAAAGAACAUAAGCUUCAUAAAACUGUCAUGUAAGUUUAAUAAAAAUGAUUUAUGCGCUAUAUAAUGACUUUGAAAUUGUAAAAAACAUUAUUCACUGAAAUCUUUCCCUCUGGUGGACUGUAACCGCUGUGCUCCAUCUGAACUUUAGAACCAAUAUGUGAAGAAUCAUUUAGAUCUGUUUUAUGAACUAAAUUAAUUGACUCAUUUUAAAAGAUUUGAAAGAAUUAAGUCGUGAAUUAGACUUCGCUACUUCUCAUGAAUGCAUCAGUGUUAUUUAACUAAACCUAAAACAGUUGUUUUCAGUGAUUGAAAUAAAAUAUUAGAAAUGUUGCAAUGGCAACCAACUAAAUAAUUAAAGCUAUAAUAAUAAUAAUAAUAUAUAUAUAUAUAUAUAUAUAUAUAACUAAAAUAUUUAUAAAUAUAAAUAUAUUAAGCUAUGUAAGUAUUUUUAUUCAAAAACUAAUAAAAAGUGACAAAAACAACACAAUCACUAAAACUUAAACUAAAACUGAAAAUAUAAAAUUAAAAACGAAUUUAAAAAAGCAUAUAUUUUUAUACUAUGCUAGUACUUAUAAUAUAAAUAAUAAUGUAUAAUAAUACCAAAAUAACACAGGAAUGCAUCAAGGACAAUUAGGGUGUAAUGCAAGAUUUUUAAUAAAAACUUAAAAUAAGCACAAAGCACUACCAGUCAAAAGUUUUUGAACAGUAAGAUUUUUAAUGUUUUUUUUUUAAGUCUCUUCUGCUCACCAAGCCUGCACUUAUUUGAUCCAAAGUACAGCAAAAGCAGUAAUAUUGUAAAAUAUUUUUACUAUUUAAAAUAACUGCUUUCUAUUUGAAUAUAUUUUAAAAUGUAUUUUUUUUUAUUUAUUAUGAAUUUUCAGCAUCAUUACUCCAGUCUGCAGUGUCACGUGAUCCUUCAGAAAUCAUCCUAAUAUGCUCAUUUGCUGCUCAUAAAACAUUUAUUAUUAAUUAUUAUUAUUAUUAUUAUUAUUAUUAUUAUUAUUAUUAUCAUCAUCAUCAUCAGUAUUUAAAACAGUAAUACAAAGAUCAGCAUUUAUCUGAAAUGAAAAACUUUUGUAAUAUUAUACACUAUACCAUUCAAAUUAUUCCAAUUAUAGAAAUUCAUACUUUUAUUUAGCAAGGAUGCUUUAUAUUAAUCAGAAAUGAUGAUAAAGACAUUUAUAAUGUUACAAAAGAUGUUCAGAUAAGUGCUGUUCUUCUGAACGUUCUGUUCAUCAAAGAAAAACCUUUUUAACAUAAUAAUACAUGUUUUUUGAGCAGCAAAUUAGAAUAUUAAAAUGAUUUCUGAAGGAUCAAGUGACUGAAGUAAUGAUGCUAAAAAUUCUGCUUUGAAAUCACAGGAAUAAAUUACAUAUAUUCAAAUAGAAAACUAAUUAAACAUUUUACUGCUUUUGCUGUACUUUGGAUGAAAUAAAUGCAGGCUUGGUGAGCAAAAGAGACUUCUUUGAAAAACAUUAAAAAUCUUACUGUUUAUAAACUUUUGACUGGUAGUGUAUCAUGUGAAGUCCUGGUAUAUACUUCUAUGGUGCUUUGUUGUCAUUUGCCAGCAUAGGCCAUGGAAUGAAGCAAGUAUGUUUUGGAGUGACAUGAGAGUUAAUAAAUAAAGACAGAACCUUCAUUUUUGGUGGACUAUGCCUUUAAGAAGCAAAACUGAGCAAUUCAUUAGGCUCCAAGAUUUUUUUUAUUAUUAUUUUUUUUUUUUCCAGGCCCCUUUUCAAAACCUGUGGUCACACUACACUUUAAGUAUGCAAAAAAUAUUUCCAUAUGACAUUUACAUCUUCUACUGGUCAAACAUCUUUCACUGUAGCUCACCAAAUUUUUAUACACAGCAAAAGACGAAACUUCUACACAUAUGCUUGUGUUCUCGGUCUCUCAUAUUUGCAUGCAUAUGAAUAGAAGUGAACGGAAAACAAAGUGAUGAUAGUUGAUGAUAUGUGCAGAAAUGUAUGAUUCAAAUCCAUAUAACCUGCAGAUUGCAUAUACAAUCUGUAAUGUUUAUUGCUAAGAAAUCAUCUGCAAUCAUCUCCCUGCGUAGUUUCUCACGACACAUAUUGUUUUUUUAAAUAAUUAUAUUAUUAAUAAAUCACAUGAUAUGAAUAAACCUAAUUUCAUUUUUCUUCUGA